AUGCUGCAUCGAUCUUCAAGACGGUUUUUAUCCACUCAAAGAAAAGGUCCCGGUCCUGCUGUGCAGAAGCUGAUUGCAAUUGGCGAGAAAUGGAAACAGAAGACCAUCCGUGGGUUCCCCAAACAAGAAGGCCAAGAUAAAGGGUCAAAAUAUAUCUUGUGCCAGUUUCCGUAUCCCUCCGGAAUGUUACAUAUAGGACACCUUCGAGUGUAUGUUAUUAGCGAUUCCUUAAAUAGAUUUUACAGGCAAAGAGGCUACGACGUGAUACAUCCAAUGGGGUGGGAUGCUUUUGGAUUACCUGCCGAAAAUGCUGCUAUCGAAAGGGGUAUUAACCCUGCCAUAUGGACCAGAGAGAAUAUUUCAAAAAUGAAACAACAAAUGGAAAGUAUGCUGGCCAAUUUUGACUGGGACCGAGAACUAGCCACAUGUGAUCCUGAAUAUUAUAAAUUCACUCAGUGGAUUUUUUUAAAACUGUUCGAAAAUGGCUUGGCUUACCGCAAGGAGGCUGAAAUUAAUUGGGAUCCUGUUGAUAAGACGGUCUUGGCUAAUGAACAAGUAGAUGCCCAGGGCCGUUCUUGGAGAUCAGGAGCAAUUGUAGAGAAAAAGCAACUUAAGCAAUGGUUCUUGGGAAUAACAAAAUUUGCUCCUAAAUUGAGAAAACACUUGAGUCAAUUGAAGGACUGGCCUUCCAAUGUGAAACAAAUGCAAAAUAAUUGGAUAGGUGAAUCUCUAGGUACAGAACUGAUCUUUAAAGUUACCGAUUCCAGAUUUGAAGAUUUAGUAGUGUUUACAACAAGACCUGAAACCUUAUUUGCGGUGCAGUACGUGGCUCUAGCAUUGGAUCAUCCAGUGGUACAGAAGUAUUGUGAGACGAUACCCGAUUUGAAAGACUUUUUGAGCAAAUGUAAUAUAUUGCCAGACGAUACAAAAGAAGGAUUCCAUUUGCCUAAUAUAAGCGCCGUCAACCCCUUGACGAAGGAGGAAGUUCCCAUUUUUGUAGCUCCUUAUGUUAUCAGUGGCUAUGGUUCUGCACCAAGUGCGGUGAUGGGUUGUCCAGGCCAUGAUAGUCGAGAUUUUGAAUUUUGGAAACAAAAUUGUCCCGGACAGCACAUUAAAACAUGUAUAACACCUUUCUUUGACGAUACUUCCAAAUUAUCUGAAAAAGAAAAACAAGAAUUAAUCGAAACUGUUCCAUUUACGUCCACUGAUGGUGUUCUGACUAAAGUAAGUGGCGAUUACUCAGGAGUCUUUACUGGGGUGGCAAGAAAGUCAAUAAUGGGGAAACUGCAUACCGAAAAAUUAUCCAAAAAUGUCGUUAGGUAUAAGAUCAGAGAUUGGUUAAUAAGUAGACAAAGAUAUUGGGGUACUCCAAUCCCUAUCGUCCACUGCGAUAGUUGUGGGCCUGUUCCUGUUCCAGAAAGUGACCUGCCUGUCAAACUGCCUGAUAUUAAGGAAUUGAAUACGAAAGGGAACCCGUUAUCAACAAUCAAAGAGUUUGUAAAUGUUGAUUGCCCUUCCUGUGGAAACCCCGCCAAAAGAGAGACGGAUACAAUGGAUACUUUUAUUGAUAGUUCUUGGUAUUAUUUCAGAUAUCUGGACCCGAAAAAUACAUCAAAACCGUUUGAUCGCGAAAUCGCAAGCAAGCAUAUGCCCGUCGAUAUUUACAUUGGCGGAGUAGAACACGCCAUUUUGCAUUUGUUAUAUUCAAGAUUUAUAGCCAAAUUUCUUGGAUCCAUCAAUGCAUGGGACGAUCCCACUGGAAUGUUUGAGCCUUUUAAAAAACUAGUCACACAGGGAAUGGUUCAAGGUAAAACCUAUAUUGAUCCCGACACUGGGCGGUUUUUGAUGUCUGAUGAGUUGGAAUAUAUGAAUAACUCUUCGGACAGUAAUUCUGUAAUCAUCAAAGCAAACGGCAAAGUACCGAUGGUAUCUUAUGAAAAAAUGUCAAAAUCAAAGCAUAACGGUGCUGAUCCUAAUGAAUGUAUCUCAAAGCACGGACCCGAUGCUACAAGAGCACACAUUCUUUUCCAAAGUCCCGUUGCAGACGCUCUCAAUUGGGACGAAUCCAAGAUUGUCGGUAUUGAACGUUGGUUGCAAAAGGUUCUUGCUUUGACUAAAAAUAUUCUUAACCUUAAGGAGAAUCUGACAAUCAGUAAAGAGUACAAGACACCAACAGAUCUGAACGAUGCGGAGGUAAAACUUCACAAUGAUGUACAACGUUACUUGAAGUCAAUAACGGAAUCCUUUGAGAUUCAUCUUUCAUUGAAUACUGUAAUAUCAGACUAUAUGAAAUUAACCAAUAUUUUAGAGGCUGCAUUGAGGAAAGGUGAAAUAAGAAAUGAAAUGAUGGUACAGAAUUUACAAAAAUUGGUUAACAGCAUCUACCCUGUGGUCCCAUCAAUUUCAGAAGAGGCGGCAGAAAUGAUUAGCUCUCAAAUGGAAUGGAACCAAUACCAGUGGCCAGCAGUUGAGCGCGCUACUGAAUCCCAAUUUAAGAAAUUCCAGAUUGUUGUAAAUGGUAGGGUCAAAUUUAUGUACACAGCAGAUAAGAAUUUUUUCAAAUUGGGUAGAGAUGCUGUUAUUGAAACUUUAAUGAAGUUACCAGAAGGUAGAAUGUAUCUAAUGAAUAAGAAGAUCAAAAAAUUCGUUAUGAAGUAUAAUGUGGUUAGUUUCUUAUUCCAUAAAUAA